UGUUUCGUGGGCGCGGCCAUUAAUGUUGUGAAUGGUUAUACGAGUCAAGCUGAUGAAAUCUAACUGUAAUUGGUGAUUCGUUGUAUAUAGUUUGACAGACAGUAAACAGGGAAGACAUUUCCCCAAAGAUGAAAAUCUAUACGGACGUUGGGAAUUUUCAGACCGUAAAGUUACUGGCUGCAGCUGCUACAGCUGGCGUGGAUGUGGAAGUGGUGGUGACAAUUAAUGCGAAGGUGGUUCCAUAUCUCACCUGUAACAAACUGCCGGUGCUGGAGCCUGAGUGCGGGGAGUUCAUCUUCUCACCAAAUGCAGCAACAAGGUAUCUGCUGAGCUUGGGCAAGAAGAUUGUUGAUGAGGCUGUAGAGAAGAGAUGGGCGGAGUGGGAGAGCUCCCAACUGUUGCCAGUUGUGGUGCCCCUCCUGGUGAGCGCAGUUGGCCAAGGCAAGCAGGACAAGACCCAGGAAAAGACUCUCCAGCCUCUACUCAAGUAUCUGGAGGCAAAACUCAAAGGAAAGAAGUUCUUGGUCGGGUCUAGAGUGUCUUCAGCUGACAUCAUCGUGUUUGGUACCCUGUUUCCAGUCUUGCUGGGUAAUCUUGCAAAAGACAGUGUGAAGGAGUGUCCAUCCAUCCAGGCGUGGGGGCAGACCGUGGCAGAUCUCACGCAGGUCGAGGGGGCGCUCAGACAGGUCACAGAAGGGGGGAAUGUACAAUCUCUGAAGGCGUCGUUGCUGGCCCAACCGGUGCCCCCUCCAGCCAACAUCGACACAGCCAAGUUGUACAAGGGGAUGCAGGGCCACACAGCGGAAGGGGCUCAACAGGCUGCCAAAUCUGCAGCCCCGGUAGAUGAGUUUCAGUUCCUGCAACCAGAGAAAACUAUCACGGCGGAGGAGCUUGCAACAGGAGAGAAGUCCUUUCUGUCCGGCGCCAGCACUAGCCCCAAACCAAGACUCCGCAAACACCCAAUAUUACCUUGUGAGGGGGAGAAGAAUAUAUUCAUAACCAGUGCCUUGCCCUACGUCAACAACGUCCCUCACCUCGGCAACAUCAUCGGCUGUGUACUCAGUGGCGAUGUCUUCUCCAGGUUCUGUCGACUGCGGAACCGCAAUGUGCUAUAUGUGUGUGGCACUGAUGAGUACGGCACUGCCACUGAGACGAAGGCCAUGGAAGAAGGCCUCACCCCGCAACAGAUCUGUGAUAAAUACAACAAACUACACUCCGAGAUCUACCAGUGGCUCAACAUCGACUUUGACUACUUUGGCAGGACAACGACAAAAGAACAAACUGAAAUUGCUCAGGAUAUAUUCUGGAAGUUGUACAAUCAAGGCUUCAUCCUCAAGGACAGUGUAGACCAGCUUCAGUGUCAGAAGUGUGUCAGGUUCCUGGCCGAUCGGUUCGUGGAAGGGACAUGUCCACUGUGCGGCUACGAUGAUGCAAGAGGGGACCAGUGUGAUGGCUGUGGCAAACUCAUCAACGCCGUGGAGUUGAAGAAGCCCAAGUGUAAGAUCUGCAGCAGCACCCCCGUCAUCAAGACGUCCCAGCAUCUCUUCCUGGACCUGCCCAAGGUUGAACCCCAGCUGCGUCAGCAUUUAGACAGAGUGUUUGAGACGGGAACGUGGACACACAACGCACAAGUUAUCACAUCAUCGUGGAUCAGGGACGGCUUGAAGCCUCGAUGCAUCAGCCGCGAUCUGAAGUGGGGGACGCCUGUGCCGCUAGAAGGAUACACUGAUAAGGUGUUCUAUGUGUGGUUCGAUGCUCCCAUCGGCUACAUCUCCAUCACCGCCAACUACACCAAGGAGUGGAAGAAGUGGUGGAAGAACCCAGACAAGGUGGAGAUGUACAACUUCCUCGGCAAAGACAACGUUCCCUUCCACAGCGUCAUCUUCCCCUGCACCCUGCUGGGAGCUGACGACAACUACACCAUCGUCAACAGCAUGUUGGCAACAGAGUACCUCAACUACGAGGAUGGCAAGUUCUCCAAGAGCCGAGGUGUCGGUGUGUUCGGGGACCAGGCUCGGGACACCGGCAUCGCGCCGGACGUAUACCGAUUCUACCUCCUCUAUGUCAGACCAGAGUCCCAGGAUUCUGCCUUCAGCUGGGAUGACUUCCUCUUGAAAAACAACAGCGAACUCCUCAACAACAUCGGCAACUUCAUCAACAGGGCGCUGAUGUUUGUGUCCAAUUGCUUUGAGGGGACCAUCCAGGACAUGAAUCUCUCUCUGGAAGACAAGAAGUUGAUUGCUCUCGUCAACAGGGAGCUGGCCACAUACGUUGACAACAUGGAGAGUGUCAGGAUACGAGACUCUAUUCGCAAUAUUCUGAGUAUCUCACGCCUGGGGAACCAGUACAUGCAGGCAAACAAACCAUGGGUGCUAGCCAAAGGGACUCCACAGGAAAGGGCCAGAUCUGGAUGUGUUGUGAGUCUGUCUGCCAACAUCGCGUGCCAGCUGUCCGUGUUACUCCAGCCCUACCUGCCCGUCACCAGCGGCAUCAUACAGGAGCAGCUCAACGCCCCUGCAGACUGCAACAUCAUCGUCAGUAACUUCACCUGUCAGCUCAAAUCUGGACACAAGAUUGGCAAGCCAAGCCCACUGUUCCAGAAGAUAGAAGCUUCCAAGAUCGAGGAGCUGAAGCAGAGAUUUGCAGGCGCUCAGCCCAAGCCUGCAUCAGCAGCCAGCCUUGAGGAGAUUGAGAGACUGACACAGGAGGUGGCAAAACAGGGUAAUGAGGUGAGGGAGCUGAAGGGCCAGAAGGCGGAGAAGGCCCUGAUAGAAGCUGCUGUAAACAAACUCCUGGACCUGAAGAAGCAGCUGACCAAGGCUCAGGGAGGGGAACCUCCUGCAGCUGGCAAGAAAAAGGGCAAGCAGGGGAAGGGUGAUGCAAAGUCGACACCAGCCCCAGCAGUCACACCCACUCCAGCCACACCCACUCCAGCCACACCCUCUGGGGACCAGGGAGAGAUUGACAGACUCACUGAACAGGUCUCUGCACAGGGCACCGUUGUACGAGAGCUAAAGACAAAGAAGGGAGACAAAGCGGCCAUUGAUGCCGCUGUUGCCCAGCUCCUGGAUCUGAAACGUCAGCUUGCCGUGGCUCAGGGUUUGGACCCAGACCAGACAAUCGGGGGUGGGAAGAAGAAGGGCAAGAAGAAAUAAACUGUUUGUCAUGGACACAUUUGUGUUGUUCUGCAGAAGAGGUGUAAUGAUACACGUGAUACAUCCAUUUUCAAAAUAUAUCUAUACAGUCACCAUCAGAAUUGUACAUGAUUGUAUAAAUUGUAUAAAUUGUUAGGGUUAGGUUUAGGCUAAUAAACAAAUUAUUACCAUGAAAAUUGUCUUACUUGUCAGAAGGCCCACAUCCAGUGGUCAAAAUAGACAUCGGUCCGUAGGCCAACAGAUUUGCCUCGGGCUGAUAGUUGUAAGUUUCAGGAGGCCCUUAUUGCUUGCAGUUUAUUUACGUAAUUAUUCAAGUAAUGUGAUAAUCAAUACCUUCAUAUAUAUUUAAAUAGUAGGAUUAUACCUUUCAAAUGACAUGUAGUCGUGUUUUACAAGCUGAUAAUUUCCUCAUAAAUGUAGGGUUCAUCUAUAACCACCAUGAGGCAGGAAAGCUUCUUGUUGACUGGUUGUGUUUUGCAAUUUUUAUUCCAAGAGUAUGUCUCCCUGCAUCAGCUAAAAUAUUUGGGCCUACAGUUUUUCCACUGGGCGGAGUUUUUUAAAUGUACUGGCCCUUAAGGCUCUUAGUUUACUCUGCUGAAUUGCGGGGGCACGGGUGGCCCAGUCGUCUAAGGCGCCGCGAUUUGCUGUGCAGAGUUGCGUCCCUUGGCCACGCCAGAAAUCUAUGAUUGUGGGUUCGAAUCCCAGUUCGCCCCGAUUAUGUUUCU